UACCCCAAGGCAACCGUGUGUCAAGACGCGUGGUCAAGGUAUGCCAAGCAGCUGUUGUCCUCUGUCAUGGGUGAUAUUAGACAGCGCAAUGGCUCUUUGAGUAAUAAUGACACAGAUUUAUCUGUCGUCCCUUAUAGAGCGGAUAACAUCAGGGUGCUUUAUCAUAAAGUUGACGAUGGGGACGUUGGGGAGGAAAUUGAUUUGCAAACUCGAUCAGAAGUGCCAGUGGACGCGGAUGCUGACGCAGAAGAUCGUCGGUGGGUCAAUGUCACGGGGUUUUACCGGGUUUGUGUCCCGGUUUGCUGUAAGAGAAACGACCCUGACCGCGAUGAGGAGGAGGAUGAUGAUGGUGAGGAGGACACGGGGGCAAACACGGUUCAAAAAGAAAAAAAACCAGCGUGUCCAGGGCUGGGCCUCCUGUACACCUUGUUAGCAUCUGUCUUCUUCUCCGCUGCGGCUCUUCUUGUGAAGAAAAUUGAGGGGAUGCAUGCUAUCGAAAUCAGUGCGAUUCGAUGCUUCUUCCAGAUGCUGUUCGUCAUGCCAGCCAUGAUAUAUUAUAAUACUGGCUUUUUGGGACCAAGAAAUAUGCGAAUCUACCUGUUCCUCAGAGGGUUCCUGGGCUCCAAUGCCAUGAUCUUGUUGUAUUAUGCUGUUCUGCAGAUGCCUCUAGCUGAUGCCACAGUCAUAAUGUUCAGUAAUCCAGUCUUCACAGCCUUGCUGGCUUGGAUUUUUCUCAAGGAGAGGUGCACCAUAUGGGACUUAAUUUUUACAGUGUUUACACUCACCGGCGUCAUACUGAUAGCCAGACCUCCUUUCCUCUUUGGUGGCAAGCUGUCUGGGAUCGAAGGAGACUACACCAAUCACAUCAAAGGCACGGUGGCUGCCUUCAUGGGGGCGAUCGGAGCGGCUUGCACUAUGGUCAUCCUGAGAAAAAUAGGGAAAAGUGUUCAUUACUACCUCUCUGUGUGGUACUAUGCAGUUAUGGGACUCAUCGAGUGUGUCGUUGUUUUGUUCAUCUUGGAUGAAUGGACCAUUCCGUCCUGCGGCUGGGACAGGUGGAUGCUCAUGGCCAUCGGGGUGCUCGGGAUAGCCGGCCAGACGUUCCUUACCAAAGCACUACAGAUUGAGAAAGCAGGACCUGUUGCACUGAUGAGGACUAUGGAUGUGGUCCUGGCGUUCAUUCUGCAGUUCCUAUUCCUCAGUCGCAAACCGACAUGGUGGAGUCUGGGAGGAGCUCUGUGUGUGAUUAGCAGCACUAGUGGGGUGGCCCUAAGGAAGUGGUAUAACAGCACAAAAAAUAAGAGCUGAUUGCAUAUUAUAGUGAGAUGAAAAGAGAUUUUAUAUGUUUGCUACAAAUAACUGCUGCAUUAGAUACCAAAGAAGCUGUUUUACUGUAAUAAUGUACAUCGAAAAUCUUUGAUUUUAGAAGCUUACUGUAUGCAGUAUGUACAGUACAGUAUAUGACAGUGUUUUUAGUGGUUUUGUACUUUCUUAUUCUUUCAUGAAGGCAAAAUAUUUUUUUUAAUCAAGAUACUACUGUUGAGACAGUAUUGCUUUAUCAUAUAGAGAGUAUAGUAGACAACGUAAUAAUAGACUGCUGGUCAGGAGAUGAGCUUGAUGUGUAAAAAAACACCAAAAAUGUCCGUUCCAUCAUUUUCUCACCCUUUAAAAGGAGAUUUUUUUGAUCCUCAAAGUCACUAUUCCAUACGUCCCCUGUGUAUUCCAUGAUUUAUUGUCUUUUGAAAUAUCUAUCAAACUGUCCCUUUAAAAAACCCUUUGCACUUUCUCCUUGACGACGUACUGUUAACUGGCAUUACUUUUGAAAGGAAGACUCAGGGUCAACAGUUUGUCUGAAUAUUUUUGCAUGCUCAAAUGUAGAUUUGUUCUCUUAAGUUCUGAAUUAUAUGUGCUUAAAGCUGAAUAUGCAAUCAGUAAUAAGUUCUGAACCUUGAUGAAACACUUAAACUAGAUUAAUGCACAGGUUUGCUGUACAAAUAUUGGCCUGAUAUAGAAUGAGUCAGACCUGUUUAUUUAUCGGACAUGUGUCUUGGCGCAAAGAUGAGUUAUUGUGAGCUCUUCAGUUUGCUUUAACUUAACAUUUAUUUAAUUUGAUCAUUUAAUUUAAAUCUGUUUGUUUAAACUGACCUAAAAGCACUUUACACUGACUUUUGUCAGUUUAUCCUAAUUGAAAGCACUAUUACCGGUUUACUGAUGCUUCACCAGCAAUUUAUGGACAUGCUGCCUUAAGAUUUUUUCUUUUAUCUGAUGAUAUUUUUCUUAACCCAUUUAUGUAAGAAUAGAUGCCUCUAUAUUAUUUAUUGAGACCUGCUGUAGAUUUCAUCUGGCAUAUUUAUAUGACAUCUGAACUUUAGUAGUUGAAAUAAAUGAAAGAUUCUUAUA